UCAGCAGUUCAUUCCCGUGGCCGUUGAAUAGACGCUAUCUUACUUGUACAAGCCCAGUUAACCCAAAAAAUUUAAAUAUGGAUAUUAAAAUUUAGUGUUGUAGAUGGCAUAUAAAAAUUAUGGAGUCUGAGCAAGGAGUACCAUCAGCUAAUUUGAGCUCCCCACCUACUGCUGCUGGAUGUCACCGUCUUCCACAACUUCCUACCAUGGGGAGAAAUGUGAGAACAGCUCAAAGCAAGUCUAGUGCAAAACAUGAAUUUAAGCCUAGAGAUGAAGCUGCUGUCUUACAUGUUGAAGGCACAUCCAAAGUGAUCAAAAUAUUAACAGACAGUAUUUCUGAGUAUCAGUGUACAGAAUCUGAAAACAAAGAAAGUUUAGGCUUACAAUUGUCAGCUAAUAGUGAAAGUAAAGAUACAGAUUUGAACACCAGUUCUACUUUACCAAAUAAGAAGAAAAGAUCAGCAAAAGCCGUAAGUGGGGGUAGAACUAAAAAAGAUGCCUCAACUAGUUCUAUUGCUGCAGUUAAAACUGAUCUGGUGUCCAACAAGCCAGAUGGUUUGAAUUCAUGUGGCCAGAAAAAUACUUCAGUAUUGGAAGAUGAAAAACAAGUACCAUCUCCAGAUUUGCCUCCAUCCUGUAAUUUGAAAUUUGAAUCAAAAGAUGUUAGCUCAGACACAGCUAUGGAGGAUAAAAUAAAGAAAAAGAAGGAGAGCCCACUAGAAAAAAAGAAAAGAACUUCCAAGAUGGGCGUAGAUGUUAAAAACGUGGAAACCAUGGACACAACUUCAGAUAAAUCAAUGCCACAUGAUGAAACUAAAAUGCCUCAUGGAGAUACUGACAUUGAGGAAGCAGAGAGUGGAAAGACAGACGAGACAUUACCAAAGUGUCACAUUCCAAGAUGUGUGUUAAUUUUGCCCACAGAAGUACCAACAGAGUCACAACUUGAAAAACUUUUAGCUAUGGACUCAACAGCAUACAAUUUGCAAUGUGCACCUUUAUGGCAAGAGGGUGACAUGCUAUGGGCAAAGGUCAGUGGUCAUCCAUACUGGCCAUGCAUGGUAUCCAAAUGCCCUUUUACUAAGAUGUUUACACGAAUAAAAGGUGAUGUCAGAAUAAUCAGAUCUUAUCAUGUACAGUUUUUUGGAAAUGAAGUUGAAAGAGGUUGGGUUAAUGAACCAUCAUUAAUGUUAUUCGAAGGAAAACUGAAUUUUUUAGAGAAAGCUCAAACUGAGUUAACCAGACAAUGUAAAAGAGGUAAAAGUGCCUAUAAUCCAUACAAAAUUAAUAUAUCUAGACGUCAUGCUUGGAAUAUAGCUGUUGAUGAAGCAGAGCAAGCUAUGGCUUUAUCAUUAACUGAAAGAAAAGUGCAAUUUACCUUUGAAUAUGUAUUUAUGGAUGAGCUGAAAAAAGAGCAGCAGUUAAAGAAAGAAAAAGUUGAUGCUACAGGGAAUGCAAAAUCUCCUAAACAAGUUACAGGAGCAAAGCGUAAAAGAACUUCAGAGGAAAAAUGUUCAACAACCCCUGUUCAACAAAAAAAUAAAAGACGUAAGUUAGAUGUCAGCUCUUUAGUUGGCACACCUAUCGGUGCGGAAACUUCAUUUGAUGCAUAUUAUGCAAAUCAUCGCAGCACUGUCAUUGAAAAACACCCUGAAUGGGAUACAACAUUUGUGUUUGAGUACUUGCGACAACAAUGGGAAAAGGAAAAAAAGAAAACCUCUAAGGAACCUUUAGGCACCCCUUCACAAUCUACUCCCACAGGAAGCAUCAAAAGAGGCAGACCUGCUAAGCUAAAAAUAAAUGCAGAAAGUUCUGUUGCUGAUUCCAAUUCAGAAAUAAGAGAUGAGUCAAUCACAAGUCAGCCUCGCAAAAGAGGAAGAAGUUUCAAGAACAUAAUUUCACAACCAGAGCCUGAAGAAACUCCCGCUCCUUUAGCUAUCAAUCUUGAUUCAGAAGAAAAUUCUGCCAUUGACGAGGAAAGUUCACGACCUAAAAUUGCAGCAUCAGCCCUGUCUGCACGAAAAGUCAGCCAGGAAUCUGAUUCAAGCACAGAGAGUAAAGGUAAAGGAUUGAGAGAAAAUGAACCUUAUGAACUUGAAAUUUUCAAACUGAACACAACCUGCAAAAUUGAUAAGGAUAAAAUAUGUGUUGUCUGUGAGAAAAAUUGUGAUGUUUUUGAGUGCAGUAAAAACUGUGGGCAACAUUUUCAUCCAUCUUGCGUUAAUUGUGAUCCUCAAGAUGUGGCUCAAUAUGUAUGUUCUGAAUGUACAUCAGGAAUCCAUGCUUGCUUUUCUUGCAAGAAGGCUGAUAUGGAGACCAUAAAAUGCUCGGUUAACUUGUGCGGUAAAUAUUAUCAUGAGGACUGUAUUAAAAAAUACCGCUUAACUCGUUGGGAAAACAAAGGCUUUGUAUGCCCUUUACAUACAUGCGCUACUUGUGCAGUGGACAAUAUCAAGAAUCCAAAAGCUAUAAAAGGUCGCUUUUAUAGAUGUAUAAGGUGUCCAACUGCUUACCAUGUUGGAGAUUUUUGUGUAGCUGCAGGCAGCGUAAAUCUGGCUGGUACAUACAUCGUCUGUAGUGACCAUUUUCAACCUAAUAGAUCCCUGAGCUGCCAUUCUCGUUUGAAUAUUACUUGGUGUUUUAGUUGUAGUAAAGGUGGUACCCUGUUAUGCUGUGAAACAUGUCCAGCAGCUUUCCAUGCUGAAUGUGUAAAGGUAGAGAAAACACCAGAAGAAGCAUGGUUCUGUAUGGACUGUGCAGCAGGGAGAAAACCCCUCUAUGGCAACAUUGUCUGGAUCAAAGUUGGGAACUACAGGUGGUGGCCUGGAGAAAUUUGUCAUCCAAGACAUGUCCCAUUAAAUAUUCAAGAAAAAGCACAUCAAGUUGGGGAAUUUCCUGUUAGAUUUUUUGGAUCUCAUGAUUAUUAUUGGAUUCAUAGAGGAAGGGUUUUUCUGUUUCAAGAAGGUGAUAAAGGAAGUAAAGAAGGCUCAUCCAGAGGAUUAUUUAAAAUUUACAUGAAAGGUGUUAAAGAGGCCACAGAGGCAUUUAAAUUGUGGACUGCAGCUAAAGCAAAAAAAGUGGAACAAGAGCAAGAACGCUAUGAUAAAAAGCCAGCUCCAUACAAAUUCAUUAAGAGUAAUGUUCCAAUUGGAAGUGUACAAAUAUACAAAGCUGAGUUAUCUGAAAUACCCCGAUGUGAGUGUAAACCAGAUCAAGAAGAUGCUUGUACAUCUGAUUGUCUUAAUAAGAUGAUGAUGUAUGAAUGCCACCCAGCUGUAUGUCCUGCUGGUGAAAAAUGUCACAACCAGCGUUUUCAGAAACGCCAAUAUCCUGAAUGUGAACCUUUUAAAAGUGAAGCUCGAGGGUGGGGUCUAAAAUGCCUGGAGGAUAUUAAAAAGGGUCAGUUUGUACAAGAAUAUGUUGGUGAUCUUAUUGAUGAAGAGGAAUGUAAAAGAAGAAUUGAACAAGCCCAUGAUGAUAAUAUCACUAACUUUUAUAUGCUUACAAUGGAUAAAAACAGAAUAAUAGAUGCUGGACCAAAGGGUAACUACUCCAGAUUUAUGAAUCAUAGUUGUUGUCCAAAUCUUGAAACACAAAAGUGGAUGGUAAAUGGAGACAUUAGAGUUGGACUCUUUGCUCUCUGUAAUAUUUCUAAAGGUUCUGAGCUGACUUUCAACUAUAAUUUAGAAUGUCUUGGCAAUGAAAAGAAAGCCUGUGCUUGUGGCUCUGAUAACUGCAGUGGAUUUUUAGGAGUCCGUCCUAAGACUGCUGCAGCUACAGCCAAUGAGAAAAAAGCCAAAGAAGCUAAAAAGAAACGACGAAAAAAGAAGUUGGAUCCUCGUAAAGAGCAUGAAGAUGAUUGUUACAGAUGUGGUGAAGGCGGGGAACUAGUUAUGUGUGAUAAAGGCAAUUGUCCCAAAGUGUAUCAUCUUCAGUGUCUCAAGCUAACCAAGCCCCCAUCAGGCAAAUGGCUUUGUCCAUGGCAUCACUGUGAUGAAUGUGGAAAGCCAGCCAUCAGCAAGUGUUCAGAAUGCCCAAACUCAUAUUGUGCUGCCCACAUAGAAGGAAAUAUGUACAAGGUAGAUGGUUUAGAAAUCUGUAGUGAUCAUACAGAUUUAAUAGAGAAUUCAUCACAAUCAUUAGAUAGUUCUUCAGUGACAGGGGCUAAUGGAGUAAAAUCAGAAGUUGAGUCUAAUUCAAGUGAAAGUGAUGCAGCAGAUAGCAAAAGUACAGAAUCAGCAAUUUCAAAAGCUACAGAAGAUUCCGGUGACAAUUCUAUCCAAGUUAAUAGCGAAUUGAAAACAGAAGUUGCUGAUGAAACUGCUAAGAAUAAAGUCAAAAGUAGCAGCAUAAAGAGUUUAAGUUUGAGAACGAAGAAAGAUGAUGGUAAGACAACCCUUGCAUUUGACAAGCCAUCUUCACCAUCCAAUAUGCCAGCUAAAUCUGAAGUUAUUAGAAGUGUAAGUUCUAAUUUAACAGAGUCAACCAGCAUGCAGACCCAAACUUCGAAGGCUUCAUUACUGCUCAAGUCUUCAGAAUUGCCUGUUGCAAAAACUAAAGGAAACAUAACACGUACAAAAGCAAGAUAUAGAGCAAGAUUAACUCAGAAUAAAAUAACAAAACUAAAAAAUGCCAGUAUUUUAAAUACAAGCUCUGAGAAUCCACAAAAUGCAAUGGAAGUCCAUGAAAGUGAUGAUAAUGAUAGCAUUUCUGAUCUUGUUAUUGACAUACCAUAAUUAGUGUUUGUAUAAUACUGGUUCCUUUUAUAAUAACAAUGUUCAUGCAUUUUUAAUUUGCUUUUAGUAUUUUGGAAAAGGGAUUUAUUUUCUACACAUCUGUAAAAAGUGUAAAUUGUCAUUAUAAAACAUUCAAAAAAGCAUUUUUAAAAACCUUAACUGUUUUACAUCUUGGUUAAUUCAUUUACUCAGGUUUAGAUUAGGUUACAUUUGAACAAAAAAAAUAUUUCUUGUACUUGAUGUAUUGUUUGCAUAGUUUUUGUUUCAGAUGAAAGCUAAUGUAAAAAAUGGGGGUGUCAGUUUAAAAAUGUGUGACUGUUUUAAAUUGUACAUGCACAUAAUUUUUUUAAAAUGCCUAUGUUUAAAAUGAAAUGUAUUUACAUCAUGGUUUUUAUUUAUAGAAUGUUACUAUGUAUUGAUUUAAAUGAACAAAGUAUGUACUUCAGCUGUUUUACAGUACUAAAUCUAAAAACAUGUACAUUGAAAAACUAGGAAAUAUUUUUAUUUCAUUAGGUUUCCUUUUAUCUUAUUUGAAAAAUUGAAUUCUUUAUUUUUGGUACAGAAUCAAAUAAAAUGCUACUUAAUCACAAUAUAUAGGAUGUCAUAUUGUUUUAGAUUUUAAGUAAAUAAACAUUUUAAAUACACAUUUCUUUAACAUCCAUUUUCUUUAGUGAAAUUUACAAUGUACACAAUAUUGUUUUUUAAUGCUUCUUUACUUUUUAAAUCAUUGUAAGAACAUUUUCAGCCAAUAAGAUGCUAUUAAAUCAUUUAUUAAUUCUACUAACAUACUAUCAGUAGUCUAUGGAUAUUGCUUUUAAAAUAUUUCCCAAAAAUAUUUUUUUACAAAUUUGCAACCAAAACUGGUUAUAGCAAUUAUUUUUUUCAAAGGCUUGAACUGAUGUCCACUCAGUUAUGUAAACAAAUACUAUAAGCCUAGGCCCAGUUAAAUACAUCCUUUCUAAUAAAGAAAAGUGCAUAAUUUAAUAAAUGUUUUAUGAAACUAGAUUUUCGGAUUAUUUUACUUGUACAAGUACUGUGCAUUGCAGCAUUUUCAAUACAUGAAUUUUUGUUUCAGCGUGUUUAAAAUUAAAUUCUUGACAGUUCAUAAAAGUAAACCAAUAGCUUUUUCUUAUCUCUUCUAUUAGCUUUGUAUAAACACUUUGCUUAGUAAUAAUGGACUGUUAACAGUAUAAAAUUUUUUUUUUUUCAAAUGCUUCACUUUUUUCUGAUUAACUGUGAUGGUGGUGGUGCCUAAUGAGGAAGAAAAUAACUCAAAUUCUAGCCAUGAGGUAUACUUUACUCCUUACUGAUAUAUCUGACAUUGAUAAUUUAUUGUAAGCAUUAUGCCUAUUGAAAAUUAAGCUAACAAUACAUAGCUAAUAAAUGAAGUAAUUGGUUAAAAUAAUAAGAGUUUUAUCUUGGUUAGCAAGACUACUUUUGUUCACUAAUAAAAUCUUAAAUAAUUUUUGUUAUGAACAUGUGGAGCUUAACUUGAAUGUAUAUUUUAAACAUGUAAGUUGUAACUGCAUAUUGAAAAUAAUGUAAUUUUAAAAAUGUGUAUUCCUAUUUUAUAAUAUGACUUAUGUUGCUCUAAACUUGUUAACUGUAAAUCUACU